AUGAACAAGAGCCUUCUUGCUGCUACCGAGAGCUCGACCAAUCACAGCAGCACUCUCUACGGUUCGUCCUCAUCGGAGGCUCAUCAUCAUGGUGGAGAAGAAGGAUAUUCCAAUGUCAUUCACUAUGACGAUGAUUCAUCAUCAUCUUUAUGGAAGAAAUUACGGGCAUAUAAUGCAUAUAUAGUCGCUGGAGUUUGUGCUACGGUGGCUUGUGUGGUUGCUACGUGUGUGAUCAUUCCGGCAUUGGUUUAUAGUUACUCGAGAAUUGGGAAGAGAAUGGAUUCUUUGAAAUGUGAUUCAUCGUGUACAUAUCAAGUUGUAGAGUCCAUUCCAGAGGGUCUCAAUUUAAAAUUACUUCCCAACACAGAUUUUACACACAAUGCAUGGGCUGAUAUUAUUGGAAGAGCUACAUCAAAGCUCACUAUUGUUUGCUUUUAUUCAAGUUUACUGAACGACGCUUCUGUGAUAUCGGGUGGACAAUAUGGAAAUGAAACUUUUGCUGCCAUUGCAAAUGCUAUCAAGAAAGGAAUCAAAGUCACUAUUAUUCAGAAUAUAGCCUCUGCAGAUUUUCCAGAUGAUGACACAAGAGCCUUGGAAAAGAUGGGUGCUGAAUUAGUUUCAGUUGACUGGAAAAAGGCAUUUUCUGGUGGUAUUUUGCACACAAAAGCCAUUGCUGUUGAUGGUAAACAUUUCUAUGUUGGUAGUGCUAAUUUGGAUUGGAGAUCUUUGGCUCAAGUCAAAGAAUUGGGAGUUAAAGUUACUGAUUGUGAAUGUUUGACACAAGAUAUUGAAAAAAUUAUGGAUAUUUACUACACUCUUGGAACAAGCAUGAACAAUAGUUUUACAGGAUUUAGAGGAUGGCCUGAAAAUACCUUCACAAGUGUGAAUCAAUUUAGUAGAUUGUUGGUUCCUUUCCAGAAUGAACCUGUCAAGAAUGAAUCCACUGUGUUCAUGUCUGCAAGUCCAAGAAUUAUUAAUGAACCUUUAAGAACAAAUGAUAUUGAUGCUUUACUUUCUGUAAUUAAUAAUGCCACUCAAUUUGUUUACAUCUCAGUCAUGGAUUUUCAACCAUUGAUGCUCUACGGAUCAGCACCUGAAUAUUGGGGAGAAAUUGAGGACGCUCUCAAAUCAGCUGUGAUUAGAAAUGUUCAAGUGAAGCUUCUAAUUAGCAAGUGGGAUCACACCAAACCAAUGCAGAUCACUGUUCUGCAAUCCUUGUUAGCAUUUGGAGCUCAAAUUUGUAAAGUUGGAGGAGUAAAAUGCAGUGGCUCCAUCUCUGCCAAACUCUUCCAAGUACCUGAUCAGCCAAACGCUCCAAAAUAUCCCUUCACUAGGGUCAAUCAUGCCAAAUAUAUGGUCACUGAACAACAAGCCUACAUUUCUACGUCGAAUUGGAGUAAGGACUACUUUUACACGACUGCAGGAAUUUCUUUCACUAGCACUGCAUCCACUUUGAGACAAACUGUUGAAAAUAUUUUCAAUAGAGACUACAACUCUGAGUAUGCCUUUGACGUGCCUCAAACGAGCAACUAA